GUAUAUUAUGAUGAUAUUCGAGACAGGCAUGGAAGAAGAUAUAGUUCCUGACAUCUCUGUAAUUUGAGAUUGUGCUGGUGCAAAUAUCCAUCAUGUAUUAAAGUAUUUACCAUCUCCGUGAGCAGCUCCAUGCGUCAACUUGAUGAUGAAAGUUCUUCUGUGACGUACAACAAGUGUAUAAUAACGGGGAUAAUAACGUAUAAAAGACGCAAGCAAAGGAAUAAUGUCCUAAUUUUUGUAUAUAUACAAAACAAUUUGGUGAAAAAACAAACGAUAACAAAAAUGUUGAAGCUCGAAGUACCUACGCUAAAAGAAGUUCUAAAGAAUAGUGGUGGAGAUGAAAAACUUUUGGAAGAGUUGUUGUCGAAAUUUCGACUAUGGCUGAAACAGCAAAGUCAUCUUCCUCAAGAUAUCUCUGAUCAACGAUUAAAAUUUUUUAUUUAUGCUGUAAAGUUUAAUUUCGAAAAAGCCAAAAAAAAUUUGGAUACGCUUUACACUCUUCGCAAUCUGGUUCCGGAACUUUUCGAAAAUUUCGAUCCGUUUAGCGAUGAUAUAAAUCUUCUUCACACAUACUUUCAGAAUAUAUGUUUGCCGAAAUUAACACCAGAAGGAUACAGAUUGUAUAUCUGUCGUCUAAUACAAGAUGACUCUCCUAUGUAUAAUGCUUGGACAAUUCUAAAUGAAGAUGCUGCACUUAAGCCUACGAUUAAAAUCGUUUCAAAUCGUUCAGCUACAUUAUGAUAAAAGUCACACUUGAAGAAAUAUCGUUAAAAGACGCUUUUAUUAGAUUGUGUUGCGUUUGUGAGUUGACAAUUAGUUAAGAUUACUAAUAUACUAAUAAGAUAUAGAGUGUGCGCGAUUUAGAAUUGAGAAUAUUACAUCGCUAAAAAUGCGUAUGUAUUUUGAUAAUGAAAAAGGCCUGAUCUCAUGUCGAAACGGUUAUUCUUUGUGUUUAUUUGGUAAAUAUAUAAGUAUUUGCACGACCAUCUAGCAUUAACUCAUUAGCCCCUUUUUACAAGAUUUGAGUU